CAAAUUACAAUCAAAAAGUAAUGGCUAACUUUUUGGCAAUAAAACAAAACUAAAGUACAGUAAUUUUUGGGUUUAACGUUAGGUACCUAUAUUAUUUCUUUAUUAGUUUAUUGACAAAUUUGUUACUAUUAAUUUUUGUUAUAUGUACACGGUUGAUUUCUAUCAAUCUCCGGUAAACUUAAGUUAUACGGCGUAUAUAUGAGGAUACGCGAUUUAAACAAUAAUUAUGGCCUGAUUAGUACAACUAUUUAUGAAUGCAGAUAGUAACACUAUAAGAUUUGAAACAAAAUAGGUAAGUCUUGCAUGUUUAUAAAUUCUAAAUGUCAAAUAAUUUUUCAUGAAGUUCAAUAUGUAUAUAGACGAUGCGGCCCGUUACAAAUAAACUUGAAUAAAUAACCAAGAAAAAAGCAGAAUGAUUUUAUGAUGUAACGCAGCUUUAAUCUCUCCGAAUGUGCCUGAACCUCGUCAAAACUGACAAACUGGGUUAUCAUUAUACUAACGAAAUCUUUAAAUGUUUUUCUUAUAUUCCAGAUUGUACUUCUGAGGCCAUGUAGUGUAUAUUUUCAUUAAUAUGUUAUCGGCUUCAACAUUUAUAAAAGCUUAUGGUGAAAUUGGUUUUAUAAAUAUUGAGCAACUACAGAAGAGUUGUUCAAGAAUAACUCAUAACAUUUUAGUAGCACACUUAUUAUGAGCUUAAAUAUGAAAAUCAAGAAAUUAUUACUUUAAAACAUUUUUCAUAAUAUCUGUGCUAUAAAAAAUGUUCAUUUCUUUGGGACGAAAAGGAUGAGUAAAAGAAUUACACUUUGUUUUGUAUAACAAUGGAUGGAAAAGUAAAAUGAGUAUGCAGCCAACCCUUAAAAUGGCAACUUACAUAACAGCAACAUGAAAAGUCGAUCACUUAGUAAUGUUGACACAUCAGAUGUCGAGAUUGGGUGGAAAUAUUAGGUGACCAUACGAAACAAAAUUUCUUCAUUAAAUAAUAUGGCAGAUCAUCACAGAAAAUACUCAAAACAUAGGACAGAUUCAAAGAGAGAUAAAAGUGCAAAAAGGAGUAAAGAUUCUAAACACCAUCUAAAUGAGUCUAGAACACCACCAUAUUCAUCUAAAAAUAAUUCAAUUGAUGAACUGAUAAAACAGCGAGAGACUUUAAAAGAAGAACUUAAGAAAUUCUCAAAACAUUCUAAAUCAAGUUCUAAAAGCAAGCAUGAUGAUCAUGGAAAAAAGCGGUCCAGUUCUGACAAUCUUCAUAAAGAUAAAAAUAGUAAAAGAUCUAAAAGUGAAAAAAACUCCUCUUCCACUGUAUAUGUAGAAUCUUCACCGGUUCAUAACGUGGAUUAUACACAGCUAGACUCGGAAGAUGAAGAAUCUAUCAUUGAGCAAAGAAGACAACAAAGAAAGAGGCUAUUGGAACAACUUACGCAUAGUAAAGUUAUUGCUGAACAAGAGAACAAAACUAAUCAAGAAAAGUGUAUAACAAAACAAGAUAUGCAAGAAACAACAAACUCAAAUGAAAAUAAAACCCAAAUCAAAAGUGAGACAACUGAUAUGUUUGCAGAGGAAGAUUUCAUUGCUAAACAAUUAACUGAUAAAGUAACUCAAGACAAUAGCAAAAAUAGCAUUCAACUUACGGACAAUUGGGAUGACGAAGAGGGUUAUUAUAAUAUUAAAAUAGGAGAUAUUAUUAACAAUAACAGAUACACCAUCAAAUCUCUAGUGGGACAAGGUGUGUUUGCAAAUGUCAUCAGGGCUCAAGAUACCAAAACUAACACUGAAGUUGCAAUUAAAAUUAUGAGGAACAAUGAUUUAAUGUACAAGACGGGCUUAAAAGAAAUAGCAACACUAAAAGAAAUGAAUACAGCAGACCCAACAAAUAAAUAUCAUUGUGUUAAGUUAGAUUGCCACUUUAUGCACAAAAAACACCUUUGUUUGGUCUUAGAAUCUCUUCAUAUGGACUUAAGAGUGGUUUUAAAGAAAUACGGUAGACAUGGGCUGAACAUAAAAGCCCUCAACAGUUAUUCUGUGCAAUUAUUACUAGCCUUGAGACUUCUUAAGAAAGUCGGAUAUAUCCAUGCAGAUAUUAAGCCUGAUAAUAUUUUAGUAAAUGAUAGAAAAAAUGUUUUAAAGUUAUGUGACUUUGGUUCAGCAUUUAAAGUAGAAGAGAAUGAGCCAACACCAUACUUAGUCUCGAGAUUUUACAGAGCUCCAGAAAUUAUUUUAGGCAUAACUUAUAACCAUGGUGUGGAUAUAUGGUCGACUGCCUGCACCAUGUACGAAAUGGCAACAGGAAAAAUAUUAUUCACCGGCAAUUCUAAUAAUAAAAUGCUGAAAUGUUUCAUGGAUCUUAAAGGAAGAAUUCCCACGAGACUUCUUAAAAAAGGAAAAUUUAAAGACCAACACUUCAAUUAUAACAACAACUUCUUAUAUCACAGAAAAGACGAAUUUUCCGGAAGAGAAAAAUGUGAGGAAGUGUCUAACAUUACAAUUGGAAGAGACCUUCUGAAAGAAAUAAAAAAAGCUAGAAAAGAAAUGACACCCGGCGAAGAAAAAAAGAUUGGACAACUUAAAGAUCUUUUGGACAAAAUGUUAAUGUUGGAUCCUGCUCAGCGAAUAUCUGUCAAUGAGUGUUUAAAACAUCCCUUCAUUCGAGAAGAAUUGCAUUACUAAAUUGCUCAAACAAAAAUAAACUAUUUUUUUCUA